AGCUGACGUGGAUUCUCUCCGGAGUAACUUGAAAGUAGUUUUUAUUUAAAACAAUGCAUCGCGACUGGACUGAGAUAAAUGUCUUUGCCAAACUCAGCCUGUUGGCCUGUUUGAUAAUAUCGUCCAUCGACCGCUCUGCGGCCAUGGGACAAAACCAGUUUACAUUCAUGCUUCCUGCUGGCGCCACAGAAUGCUUUUUCCAACCCACUCUGAAGAACUGGAGCAUCGAAGUGGAGUACCAGGUGUUAGCAGGGGCGGGUCUGGAUGUGGGCUUCACACUCAUAUCACCCAGUGGGCACCGGCUGACGUCUGACUUCAGAAAAUCUGAAGGCAUCCACAUGGUGGAGCCGACAGAUGAAGGAGACUAUCGGCUGUGUUUCGACAACAGCUUCAGUAAACUUUCGGAGAAAAUGGUUUUCUUUGAGGUGAUCGUCAAUGAUCGGGUCGGGAACGACGGUUUGGGGAGAGGAGAGGACUGGGCGGACGCAGUCGCACCAGAGAGCCUUGUGGACUACAAGCUGGAGGACAUCAGGGAGAGCAUGGACUCGCUGUACCGGCAUUUGGAGAGGAGCCGCCAGGUACAGACCACGCUGAGAGCCUUUGAGACUCGCGACCGCUACCUCCUGGAGAACAACCUGUGGAGGGUGUCCUUCUGGUCUUGUCUCAACCUGCUCGUCAUGCUAACUGUGGCCGUCACGCAGAUCUACACGCUGCGGCGUCUCUUUGAAGACAAGAGGGCGGUGACAACGUAGUCACGGCGGAGGCGUUUUCAUAUUUGGGCGAGAUCGAGUCACUCCAA